UUGCUCCACCCCCGCCCCACAGGUGCCAACAUUGCUUCUGGUGAGGAAGUUGCCAUCAAGCUGGAGUGUGUGAAAACGAAGCACCCCCAGCUGCACAUCGAGAGCAAGUUCUACAAGAUGAUGCAAGGGGGAGUGGGAAUCCCGUCCAUUAAGUGGUGCGGGGCCGAGGGGGACUACAACGUCAUGGUCAUGGAGCUGCUGGGACCCAGCCUUGAGGACCUCUUCAACUUCUGUUCCCGCAAGUUCAGCCUCAAGACGGUGCUGCUCCUGGCCGACCAAAUGAUCAGCCGCAUCGAGUACAUCCACUCCAAGAACUUCAUACACCGAGAUGUCAAGCCUGACAACUUUCUCAUGGGACUGGGGAAGAAGGGCAACCUGGUUUACAUCAUCGACUUCGGCCUGGCCAAAAAGUACCGGGACGCCCGCACCCACCAGCACAUCCCCUAUCGGGAAAACAAGAACCUGACUGGCACUGCCCGCUACGCCUCCAUCAACACCCACCUGGGCAUCGAGCAAAGCCGCCGAGACGACCUGGAGAGUCUGGGCUAUGUGCUUAUGUACUUCAACCUGGGCUCCCUGCCCUGGCAGGGCCUCAAGGCAGCCACGAAGCGCCAGAAGUACGAGCGGAUCAGUGAGAAGAAGAUGUCAACGCCCAUCGAGGUCCUCUGCAAAGGCUACCCCUCUGAAUUCUCAACAUACCUCAACUUCUGCCGUUCCCUGCGGUUUGAUGACAAGCCUGACUACUCCUACCUGCGCCAGCUCUUCCGCAACCUCUUCCACCGACAGGGCUUUUCCUACGACUACGUCUUCGACUGGAACAUGCUCAAAUUCAUGCGGCCCCUCCCAUGCCAGCCCCCUGCCCUUCCCUGUGGACGACCCCAGGACCAACUAGGGUGCAGCCCGGAACCCGGAGGAUGUGGACCGGGAGCGGCGAGAACACGAGCGAGAGGAGAGGAUGGGGCAGCUCCGGGGGUCCGCUACACGUGCCCUGCCCCCUGGCCCACCUACGGGGGCCACCGCCAACCGGCUCCGCAACACCGCAGAGCCUGUGGCUUCCACCCCAGCCUCCCGCAUCCAGCAAGCCGGCAAUACUUCUCCCAGAGCGAUCUCACGGGUGGACAGAGAGAGGAAGGUGAGCAUGAGGCUACACAGGGGCGCACCCGCCAACGUCUCCUCCUCAGACCUCACUGGGCGGCAAGAGGUCUCUCGGAUCUCAGCCUCACAGACAAGCGUGCCAUUUGACCAUCUCGGGAAGUGAGGAGCCGCCGCCAUUGGACCAGUAUUUGCUUAGUGUCUUCACUGUAUUUUCUUUUUAAACCAAGAACAAAAAAAGAUGGGGAGAAAUACCACUCAAAAGAACAAAAAGGGAAAGGAAAAAAAAAACCAGCACAAAUCUCACAAUGGAUUUUAUUUGACUUUUUUUCUUUUAAACCUAUGUCAAGAAGAUGGGAUGCUCUCAGCACAGAGGAUUCUGGUCCCUUUGUAUUUCCCGCUGCCCCACCUGUCAAGCUGCCCAGCACUCCUGGACACAAGGAGUUGAUCCUAGCCUAGAGGGAGCCAAAGUUGGUUCUCCUGAGGCCAGGGGACUGUGGACUUGACUCGAAGCAGGACCUGCCACCUGUUCUUGAGCCUGUGACCACAGGAGACACAUGCAGCCCUGCCUUCAGGAUGACCAUGGCCAGCUUCCUGUCCUGGUCUUUCUCCCAGCAUCCCCUGAGCAUUUGGGCCCCUUUGCCUCUCAACAGCAACUUGGAGCGGGUGGUGAAGUGGGGUGGGGUUAAGUGUCCACGUGCACGUGUGUUAUGUGUCUGGUCUGUCACCCGGGACAGCCGGUGCCUGCCCCACCUGCCAUGCUGGCCUAUUCUCGUACCCCCAGCAGACACAGGUGGCCAGCGAGGUCCACAUCCCUCAGGAGGGGCACAAGGACUCUCACCAACCCCUGAGAGUGUAGUCUGUGGCAGCCUCCUCCCCUUCCCUGGAUGGAGGGCAGAAUCCCUAGAGACUACUUCCGGAAAGCAGUCUGGCUCCUGGGCUCUAAAUUAAUUCCCUGAUCCUGUUGGCCACCUGGGAUGCCCCUCUUCCUUGGCUCAGCCUUGCUGAGGAGGACCCAGACUCAGGGCUGGCUGCCAGAUUUAUCCAUCCCUCCUAGUUAACACCUAUUUUUAUUUUUUGUUGUUUUUGCCAUGUGUGUAUUUCCUAAUUUAUUUACCUCUAUUUCCCCUUUUUUCUCUUUUCUUCUUUUUUUUAAUUAAAGAGUAAAGCUUUUUAUUACUUUGUAAUUUAAAAAACUGAAAAAAAAUCUGAAGAACUUUGGGGGGACUUUUGUACUUUUUUCCUGUGUAAAUAUUGGACUUUUUUGAGCUUUAUUGUGGUUGUUAAUUUGAAGUAAUAAAGUAGAAAAGGAUAAAGUGA